AUGGAAACCCUAAUGGUGGACCGCGUCCACAGCAGCCUCCGCCUCUUCAUGCACCGCAACGCCAUAUUCCUCUGCGAGCGCCUCUGCGCGCAGUUCCCCUCCGAGACCAAUGUGCAAUUGUUAGCGACCUGCUACCUCCACAACAAUCAGCCAUAUGCUGCAUACCACGUUUUGAAAGGGAAGAAGCUGCCGGAGUCCCGGUACUUGUUUGCUACAUCAUGCUUUCGAAUGAACCUCUUGCGUGAAGCAGAAGAAACUCUAUGUCCAGUCAAUGAACCAAACAUGGAGGUUCCAAGUGGAGCAACAGGACACUACCUCCUUGGAGUGAUUUACAGGUGCACAGGCAGAAUUUCAGCUGCAGCUGAACAAUUUACACAAGCGUUGACUCUAGAUCCUCUUUUAUGGGCGGCAUAUGAGGAAUUGUGUAUAUUAGGUAUUGCUGAAGAUACUGAUGAGUGUUUUAGUGAAUCGACUGCUCUACGUCUCCAGCAGGAACACACAUCCACGCCCACUCUGGUGAAGUCGAACUUCGCCAAUGAAAAUCGAGUUCUAUCAUCCAGGGUCUCUGCAAGUCUUGGGGAUAUUAGUCCUAAGCAAAUCAAACAGCUUCAUGCUAACAACAUAGCAGAAGUAUCUGGCUACCCUCAUGUAAGACCAACUGCAUUGCAUGUGCAGAACAGUUCAACCUCUAAUGUAGCACAGUUUGACACCCCAUCACCAACUGCAGCACAGACUUCUAGUAUCAUGCCACCACCACUCUUUAGGAAUGUCCAUGUUUAUCAGAAUACAAUAAGUGGCGAUGCUCCCACGAAGCAGAAAGCUAAUGGAGUAAACCAGCCACUUAGAAGGAAAUACAUGGAUGAAGCAAGGCUAAAGAAGGUUUCCGGAAGGUUGUUUAAUUGUGAUUCAACUUCAAUACCUCGAAGAAGUGUAAGACUUAAAGAUACAGCAACAAAUUCAAAUUCAAAUACCUCUCAAUUUGGAGGGAAUGGUACAGGUCAUUCGUCAGGUAAAUUGCGAGUAAACUCGUCCACACCAUCAAAAUUGUGUUCAACAGCCAUACGUUCCGUGCAAGUUAGGAAAGGAAAACCACGGGCUACAGAAAAUUUUGAUGAAGGAAGUAGAUAUGAAGUCAUUGAUGAAAUGUGGACAGACAAUAUAUCAGGAACUUCAUCUUCUGUAAGUACAGCUGAUGGAAGAUCCUUUGAGCAAGAUAAAGCUGAACGAAUUCUGUUGCAAGACUCCAAAUUGGCACUUGGUAUUAGGGAGCUAUUGGGACUUUUCCGAACACUCGGGGAAGGUUUUAGGCUUUCUUGCUUGUUUAAGUGCCAGGAAGCAUUGGAAGUCUACAGAAAACUCCCUGAGUCGCAGUUUAACACUGGAUGGGUUCUAUGCCAGGUUGGUAAGGCAUAUUUCGAAUUAGUUGAUUAUUUGGAAGCUGAUCGUUACUUUGAAUUGGCACACCGACUGUCGCCUUGUACGCUCGAUGGAAUGGACAUCUAUUCUACUGUUCUUUAUCAUCUGAAUGAGGAAAUGAGACUAAGCUACCUGGCUCAAGAGCUUAUUUCCAUUGAUCGACUAUCUCCUCAAGCAUGGUGUGCAGUGGGCAAUUGCUUUGCCUUGAGGAAAGAUCAUGAGACUGCUUUGAAGAAUUUUCAACGUUCGGUACAGCUUGACUCAAGAUUUGCAUAUGCUCACACUCUCUGUGGUCAUGAGUAUUCUGCAUUGGAGGAUUAUGAGAAUAGUAUCAAAUUCUACCGGUGUGCACUGCAGGUAGAUGAAAGGCACUACAAUGCCUGGUAUGGACUUGGGGUGGUGUAUCUUCGCCAGGAAAAGUUUGAGUUUGCUGAGCAUCAUUUCAGAAGGGCAUUUCAGAUAAAUCCUCGCUCUUCUGUUCUCAUGUGCUAUCUUGGGAUGGCGUUGCAUUCUCUUAAGAGGAACGAGGAGGCAUUGGAAAUGAUGGAGAAAGCUAUAGCAGCUGAUAAGAAGAAUCCACUGCCCAAGUAUCAGAAGGCCUUAAUCCUUCUAGGUCUUCAGAAGUAUCAAGAAGCUCUGGAUGAGUUGGAGCGUCUAAAGGAGAUUGCACGUCAUGAGAGCAGUAUGUAUGCACUGAUGGGAAAGAUUUACAAGCAACUCAAUAUCCUUGACAAAGCUGUUUUCUGCUUUGGCAUUGCCCUGGAUUUGAAACCUCCUGCUGCUGAUCUUGCUAUAAUUAAGUGGUGA